CGUCAUCAACAUGUAGAUCAGCUGUUGUUAUCUGUUUAGGGUUGAGUGCAUCAUUCUUCCUGAUAACUAGUAAGUAAGCAAGUAAGUAAUUGUUUUAUUGAAAUUCAUAUGAUUAACAAUUUAAUUUUAACAAAAAAUAUUUUAAUAUAAACUUAUCUUAUCUUAUUUGAAAAUAUUGAAUUUAUAUAAUUAAUUGGUUAAUGCUGUUUAACAUAAAACAUUAAUUUUGCAUCAAUGACUCGGUUGAGUCGUCUGUUGCGAUUAAAUAUCCAUUAGAUAGUUCCUUAUGUUAGGGGUAUGAUUGCUGCUGCUGAUGUUGGUUUUGCAGGUGUUGUUGUUGGUUUUUCGUAUUACUAUUGGUGUUGUUAUUGUUGAAGUUCAUGUUGUUGUUAGUUUUAGUGGUGAUGUUGGUGUUGAUGUUGUUGUUGCUAUUGAUGUUGGUGUUGAUGUCGGUUUAGGUGCUGGUGUUGGGGUUGAUGUUGUGGUUGAAGUUGGUGUUGGUGUUGGUGUGGAUGUUGGUGUUGAUGUUGAUGUUGAUGUUGAUGUUGAUGUUGAUGUUGAUGUUGAUGUUGAUGUUGAUGUUGAUGUUGAUGUUGAUGUUGAUGUUGAUGUUGAUGUUGAUGUUGAUGUUGAUGUUGAUGUUGAUGUUGAUGUUGAUGUUGAUGUUGAUGUUGAUGUUGAUGUUGAUGUUGAUGUGGAUGUGGAUGUUGAUGUGGAUGUGGAUGUUAGUGUUGGUGUUGGUGUUGGUGUUGGUGUUGAUGUCGGUGUUGGGGUUGGAGAUGUUGUUGGUGUUGAUGUUGAUGUCGGUGUUGGUGUUUAUGUUAUUGCUGUUGUUGGAGUUGUUGUUUUUCUGUUGUUGUUCUAGCCAUUGUAUUCUCUUACUAAUUCGGCGCGAUAUUUAAUAGCUAGAGAGAGUUAUUUUAUGAGGGAGUUCCAGUUUCCUUCGCCAUUCAGAAUAUUCACCAUAUUCUCUGUACUGAGUUCUCUUGCACCAAUGUAUAAUAUGCGUAGUUCUUUCAAUACAGGGCACACUCCAAAAAAAUGGAUAAAUGUUUCGUCUUCUCGCAUAUUACAUAAAGUACACUGAGUAUUUCUGUUGUUUGAUUGAAAUGUACCGUUCAAGUAAAAAAGUCCCCCUCUUGCCUUAAAAAUCCAUCCUAUUUUGGAUGAGAUAUUUUCGUCCUGAAUAUAUCUUCUUCCUUCAGUGUAGUUAAGGAUAUUAUACAAUCCAUGUGAAGUUGACGCCUGCGCUCUUUGAAGUGCCACACUCCAUUCUCCUUCCAUUAUUUGGUUGUCAGCCAAAUCUAUUGCAUUUCGGAAUAGUCUACUAUUUCCGACAACCUCCUGGAUAUGCCUUCCUUCUAAUAUACUAGUACAUUGUGUGAUCCAGUAUAUGUUUUUGGUCAUUACUAUAUUAGCUAAUAUAUGCGGGAGACAGUUCUCGUCGUAUAGACAGAGAAUUUUCUUAAUGUAACACAUGUUACAUUUCAUUGUGUAAAUGAGAAGAGGUUUUAACUAUAGUUCCAGUACGAGCAUGUAGUUUGGGGUUGAAGUUGGUACAUUCAUUAUUUUUUUUAGGAAAUAUCGUUGGACCUUUUCCAUUUUAUCGUAUUGCUGAUGUCCCUAGGCCUGUGCACCAUAUCCCAGAAUUGACCUUGCUACAGCGUUGAAGAGUUCGAGUUUUGACGAAUUACUGAUGUCUUUUUUCGAAACAAAAGAUUGCCAAGACAAGCUUAAGCUCGUUUUUGCCUGAUGCGUUCUAUCCUUGAAAUGCUCGGUCAUACUCAACCCUGGUGUCAGCCAUAGACCCAAGUACUUGUACUUGUUGACCACCUCUAUUUCAUCGGUUCCGAGGGUCCAUCUUUCUAGGUUGCUUCUUCUGCCACCAUUUUUUCUAAAUAUUAUGAUUUUAGACUUCUCGAGAUUGAUAAUAAGAUUCCACUCUUGGCAGUACUCUUCAAGCCUGCUUAUCAUUAUUUGCAGGUCCUUUGGUGUGUUCGCAAAAACUACAAUGUCGUCCGCAUACAACAACAUUCGGAUGACAUGUUCAUUUAUUUGUAUUCCACCACCUAUGCAAUCGUGCAUAUCGUUGAUAAAAAGAGCGAAUAAUAAAGGACUUAAGAGACAGCCCUGCUUCACACCCAUUUUUGUAUCGAACCACUCUGAAAGUUUGCUUCCAUCCCAUACUGCACUGGCUGUCCCUGCAUACAGAUCUUUUAUAAUAUUGAGAAAUUUUGUUGACAGACCUUUUCUUUUUAGUUUGACAAACAGAGCAUUCCGACUGAUACUGUCAAACGCUGCAUUGAAGUCUACAAAGAAGCAGUAUGUUAUUUUACCUUCAUCCAUUCUGAUUCUUACUAUGUUCAGUAGAUUGAAUAUAUUAUCUGCUGUACUAUAUCCCUCUCUAAAGCCAGCUUGAUAUUCAUUCAGAACCCUGUUUCGUGUUUCCCAAUCCUGUAUCCGUUUGAGUAGUAUGUAAAUUUUCGCCAUAGCAUCCAUAAAGGAGAUUCGUCUGUAGUUUUGUACGAGGUUUAUAUCACCCUUCUUGUAGAAAGGGAAGAUCAAGGACUUCUUAAAAGAUGGUUCAACUCUUUCUGUUAGAUGGAUCCUAUUAUAUAUUCUAACAAGUCGGUCUAAGAGUAUUUGUGGAGCAUGAAUAAAGAAUUCGUACGGAACCAGGUCGUAUCCAGCAGCUUUGUUUAUCUUAGCUUUGUUAAGAACUUCUAGGAUUUCGAUAUUCGUAAUCUCACCAUCAAGUUGUUCAUCCCACGAGUAUUGUUGCAAUUCUUCCAAUGUUACAUUGGUUUGAAGUGGUGGAUUCAAGAGCCGUUCAAAGUGGUCUUUAAAAUCACUGCUUUUUAUGUUAGGUCCUAUUCUGUGGCUCUUAUUUCGUAAUUUGUUUGCAAUAUCCGCCCAAUCUUUUGUAUUUUGUACGUUUUUUAGACUGGUACAUAGAGAUUGAUAAUAUAGCUUUCUUUUCAUCUUACAUGUGUUUUUGUACUUUCGAUUAGCUUCAAGGUAUGUUUUUCUUAGGAUUUCAGAGGGAUCCCUUCUCCACCUAUUAAGCCAUUUAAAAGCAUUUUUCCUGACGGUCAUACACGUUGCAUCAAACAAACUUUUCAUUAAUAUUUUUUUUUGAUAGUUAGAUUUCUCUGCUCGCCCACAACAUCUUUGAUAGUUGUUAUCAUCUCUUCUGCCGUCCAACUCUCUACUCCAAAAUCACCUUCAUCUUUUGGUAAUAUGUUUUGUUGCAUUCGUGUUUUAUAAUUGUUUUCAUUAUGUUUCAACCAUAUCAGUUUAGGAAGUAGACUCAUUUCUUCCGAAGACUGAAAUCCAGAUAGUUGCAGAGUCAACACAAUAGGCAUAUGGUCUGAAUAAACCAUCUCUUCUACUUUGAAUUCUUUAACUUGGCUAAGAAUAUUAUACGAGGCUCCACACAAGUCGUUAGCUGAGCAUCCUAUUGUGCUUAUGUAGGUGUGGUUCCCUUCAAAAUCACCCGAUGUUCUUCCGUUUAGUAUUACGAUGCCUGCAUCGUCACACGUCUCAAUGAAUCGCUUUCCUUUAUUGUUGAGUACCUUGUCCUUAGAAUUUCGCUUUGGUUUAAGCAAUACAUUGAGGCUUGCAGUUUGUUCUUCCAUAACAAUUUGGCUUUUUCCUAUUCGAACAUUGAAGUCACCUAUUACGACCACGUUAUGAGUGUUAAAUUCUUGAAGAUUUCUAUUGUAAAUUUGUAAGUCUUCUUCCCAUUUAUUGGAAUUGAGAUAUGUAGGCAGCACAUAUAGCUCGCAGUUAGUUGACACGAUGCUAAUAACAUCUCUCUCCAGCGAUUUUGUACAAUCUAUUCUUAAUUCCUUGUUCAUAUCACGGCUUAUACCAACUAGUAGUCCACCACGCGCUCUUCCGAAUUGCGCUUAGCGCAUUGCUGGUGUCCAUAUCAACUCAAACCCUGGGAAAAAUUUUUCAUAUCUCUCAAAUUGAUCAACAAGAAAUGUUUCAUACAGUAAAAAAAUAUUAAAUUUACAUAAAUAAUUAAAAAAGUUUGGAACUAUUAAUUCCGAGGGAGUCUCAGCUUUAUUGGAUUCCAGAUGAAAGUCUAUCUUUGAAAAAUCCUUAUUAUAAAGUUCUCCUAGCACCAAAGCAGCUGGUUUCUCCUCAUUUUGCGGCUCAUUCACUACCACCGCAAAUAUACGUAAUUCAAUUUCCAAUCGUCUGCCCUUGAAUUUAAUUGGCUUUGAUUUAUCCACUUUCCUUAUUUCAUUUCUUAUUCUUAGCAAGUAAUUGUGGUGUUCUCUUUCUUUCUGAGUUAUAUUCCUUUGUAUGCUAUACUUUGUUAAAGCUAAUUUGGAAGUAUUUUGUAGGAUUGUUUGAACUGACUGUGUUUCAAACUCAACUAAAAAAUUCGCCUCUUCCAAUUUUUAGAAUUUUUAUAAUUUCUAAGCUCUCGUUUAUUUUUAAGAUGCUUUUACAGAACAUCCCGAUAUCAGUUUUUCCCAGUGUCUCCUUUUCAAAUCCUUUAAAUAUAAGGUUAUUCUUUCGAGUGAAUCUAUCAAACGUUUCGGUUUUCCUUAAACUCUCUUCUUUUAGUUAGUUUUUUAGUUCGGAGUUUUCUUUUUUUAUUCUUCUAUUUCCCUCGUAUGGACUUAAAGUGUACCUUUGUGCCUUUCAGUUCUUCUUGUAGCAUUUUUCGAAAUUGCAUCAUCAUUGCACCCCAGGUGUUCGCUUCUACUACGGUUUGGUCUAAUUUGGAUGUUUCUUCGUCCGAACUUUCAGGCAUUUUUGCAGAGUGUGGUUUUUUGCUCGGUAUUACAGACAAAUCCGGUGAAAGUUGUUUUCUUCAUCGUUUACCUGUUUGAUCCAGUUUGAUUUUUUGUGUUGACACCUCAGUUUAGUCGCUAGCUGUAGGCAUAGGCAGUAGACUGGUACUCUAAUUCACUAUAAAGCUUAUAGUGGGUUCAGAUCUGUGCUUUCGCAGUAGUAGUCACCAAUACCCUACUCAAUCUACACAGACUGUUGGGUUUGGAUUCUUCGUCCACUCGUUGCUUAUUUUACAGUGUUGUUUUAUCUGAUAUGACUCUACUUUUCUUUAAUUAUCAUAGAAAAUAUAAACUUUCAACUAAACUGUAGUUUAUUUUUCUGCAAAAUCUGCUUACAUAUGUAUCACCCUGUAUUUUCUAACUUCACAUUGAUAGUGCCGAGGUUGCCCUACCAACCGCAAGAUGUCGCUAAUGACAACAGCUGUGUAACUUGUCAGUUUUGAUUGACACUUCUCGCUGUGAUUUGGUUUGUUUUGAUUGUACUUAAAUUAUUGUCUCUUAAAUUAGUUCUUUCUCGCAAAAUACGGUUUCCAUUUACUUUCAACAAAAAGAUUUUGAUUUUUUUGUAAACCAAACUAAUUAAAAAAGAAGAUAUUAAUACCUGUUGCUGUUAAAAACCCCCAACACACCGCGAUGCUGGACCUCAAAGACCACCUCCAUCUUACUUCAGGUACUUUUAUUCCUCCCUUAUCGCUUAUAUUCCUCGUUUCGCGCACCGACCAAAACCCUGCACUGCACUCAAAAAGACACACCACUCAGAAUAGCUCCUGAUAACUAGUACUUCUCCUUCCUUGGAAACUUCACAUGAAGGAUCACUUAGAAUAUCCUUACCAACUAGAACUGGAACUUCACAUGAAGGAUCACUUAGAAUAUCCUUACCAACUAGAACUGGUUUAGUUAGUUUUUCGUCUGAGACAACAUGUGCAUUUACACUAAAGCGGGCGCCUUCGAUGCCAAUAGUACAUGGUAUUUGUCCCAGAGCUAAACAGUUUCCACCUCCGAAACCAUUAAGGGUAAUAUUACAGGGUUUUAUGGGAACCACAGUUUGAUCACUUCCAGAGUCUAGUAUGGAAUGGAAGCAUAUUCUUUUCCCUCGGCAGUAACUCUUUUAUUACAGCAAUCGGGUUUGUCUUGUCGAGAGAUCUUAUCGUUGUCUCUUUUGGACUUGACUGGAUAUUUAGAAUUAUUUUCUUUGUCAUUGGUCUAGAUCUUUUUCUGUUUUGUGUACAUUGUCGAGCGAAUGACCAGACUAAUUGCAGUUUAACAAGUGGUGAGAGACUGUUGGCCCAUAAUAGGGCGAUAGGGCUGAGUUAUUCUUGGGAUUGUCGUUGGCUGCCGACGCCAAUGCUGAUGAUCGCUGUUUGCUAGUUGAUUUAUUAUAUUUGGUCUGAGAGUUCCCGUACUAGACGAUGGUUUGUAUCGACCAUUUUCUCGAAUAGUUUCACACCAUUUUACCCUUUCAACAAGUUAAGCCAUGUUUUGUUAAAAUUUGACGCUGCUAGACUAGAACUGAGUUAUGGAUUGAUACAUCCGGUUAGGAUGUAUUGUACGAUGCUCUUAUCUGGCAGCUGAACUUUCUUCCCCAACAUGUUCACCUAGAAACAAAAGCUCUCAAUCGGUUCAUUGGGCCGUCUUGUUCUGCGUGUCAUUUGUUGAUUAUUGUCUAUUUCGUUUGGUUGGUGGGGAAAAUUAGCUUUGAGUCCCAUCGCCACCUGUGUCCAGGAGCCGGAUAUUACUUGGGUAGUGUCCCACCAAAACCUUGCAGGACCUUUCAUUUUUGCUGCUUCUGCCAUUAGAAGAGCUCGUUCAUCCCAUUCGUUCCACCAAAUUAUCAGCCUACAUAGAUGUUACAUCACCCGUUGCAAACGUUGGCAGCGCGUCUGCAAUAUAUUUUAUGUUGCAAUGGAUCCUUGGUCUUCUUGUUUUAGCGUCUAAGGAGCCGGACUGUUCGAGACGUUUAAGUUUAUCAGCUAAUUCUCGCUCCUUUCUAAGCAUGUUUCUCUCAUUUUCUAGCAGGAUCCUCUCCCUCCUGAGGAUGUCCCACUCUCUCUCUCCCUCAUUGAAUAGUCAUCAAGGGUCCAUCCAUAGAAUACUAAUGAUAUCUCGUCAACGAUUGCAGCUCUUCCCUCACCCGCUGAUGAGUUUUCGUUGGAGUGAGGCACAGGCUGUCUCGCGUUCCGGGUUUCCUUUUCUUUGUCAACUGUUAGUUCUCGGUUAAGGAGAGUUCUUUUGGUUCUCGAUGUUGGCAACCCUCUAUUUUUCAGUUCGCUUUGCAAUUGUUUAGAGCUUAGUUUUUCCAUUUUAUUCAUCUACAACAAAAUAACAUUUAAAGCAUAUUGUAAAACAACAUAAGAUUUAACGUCGAUAUUAAAUUCAAUAUGACCUAUGUAAAAUUUCAAUUUAAUAAACAUGUAAACAUAGGUAAAGGAACUGAAAUUUCGAAAACUGAAAUUGCAAAAACCUGAAAUUCGUACACCGAAAACAUAGUCUUCUCAUGCGCAUUGCGUUCAGCCAAGUUGUUUUAGAGAUCGGAUGUGGACUUUUUCACAUCCGCGGAUGCAGAUGCGGAUGCGGGUUUUUGAAAGUUAACAUCUGUAGAUGCGGAUGUUUAAGAUCUUAUAUAAAAAAUUAAUAUAAAUGAAUUAAAACAAUGAUACAGUUAUAAAUAACCUUUUUAUUAUUUGUGUUUAGUGAGAGAAAUCAAAAAGAGGUGCAUUA